AUGGAUUACAAGAGAGUUCCUCUGGCUAGGGUUUGGAAAAAAGGGGUAUGGACACAAAUCAGGGCUGAUCAAGGAACUGCUAAAGAAGUACCAGUAACAACUCCAUCCUUAGUCAUGGGAGAUAAUAGCAUAAGAAACAAUGUUGAAGGGGGCAGCCACAGUUCAGAGCACCACACCAAUGUAUCUCAACAAUUGAUACCAGCACCAGUAGUAGGAGAGCUUGAUCAGCCAAGUGAUAGAAACCAAAUUAUUUAUCUACAAGAAGAAGCUGAAACUGACCUGAUCAUGGUAGAGGUCCAUCAAGAGGUAUUUCCUUUUCAGCAAAAAACAAGCACUCAACCAGCUGUCUCCAACAAGGAGGUUGUUAAGACUAAAGGAUGGAAGAGAGCUAAAGUGCAAGAGGGCGGAAUUUUGAGUGCUCAGUCUAAGGCAGCUGCAUCCAAUACUCAAGAGUCUUUGAAAAGAGGUAGAACUCUGACCAUCUCUCAACCAGAUUGCCAUCCAGAACACGACAGAGGACGGCAGUUGAAGACGGUGGAGAAAGAGAAGGCCAAAGUCGACGUCGGGACGGUGACGAUGGCUGCGGGGAGGACGGAGGAUGGUCGCCGGCGUGUUAUCCGACAACCUUAA